AUGGCUCCGCCGACAAACCGCCAGGAGAUAUUGGCCCAGCUGCGAAGCCAGGUGGCCAAGGGCCAUGCCAUUGUCGGAGCCGGGGCGGGGAUUGGGCUUUCUGCCAAGUUCGUGGAAGAAGGGGGAGGGGACUUGAUCAUCAUAUACAACAGCGGGCGAUAUCGAAUGGCGGGCCGUGGUUCGCUGGCUGGCCUGAUGCCUUAUGGCAAUGCAAACGAUGUGGUCCUGGACAUGGCCAACGAGGUUCUCCCCAUCGUGAAGCAAACGCCGGUGAUAGCUGGGGUCUGCGGCACGGAUCCCUUCCGAAGCAUGCCUGGGUUCCUCAAGCAGCUCAAGGACCUGGGGUUUGCCGGGGUGCAGAACUUCCCGACGGUGGGACUGAUAGACGGCAAGUUCAGGGCCAACCUCGAGGAGACCGGCAUGUCAUAUGACCAGGAGGUCGACAUGAUCCGCCAGGCUCGAGAGAUGGACAUGUUGACCACGCCCUACGUUUUCAACGUCGAGGAGAGCAAGAAGAUGGCAGAGGCGGGAGCGGACAUUCUGGUGGCACACAUGGGCCUCACCUCGUCCGGCAGCAUAGGGGCGACCAGCGGGAAGACGCUUGACGAGAGCGUCAAGCUGAUCCAGGAGAUCCAAGAAGCUGCUGUGAAGAUCAAGCCGGACGUGAUGGUGCUGUGCCACGGUGGGCCCAUCGCAACCCCGGACGAUGCAAAAUACGUGCUGGAGAGGGUCAAGGGAGUCCAUGGGUUCUACGGGGCAUCAUCCAUGGAGAGGCUUCCGGUCGAGGAGGCGAUCACCAACAUAACCAAGACAUUCAAGGCUCUAAAGCCUAGUUCAUAG